AUGGCUUGUAACUUGAAAGAUGAUCCUCAAGCUGCUUCAGAAAACACACUUGUCGCCUUCUUCGCUCAGGUUGGAGUGUGGGGAACAAGAGACCAGGUUCUUGAGAUCAUACCAAGGAAUGAAAAGCAAGUUAAAAAUCUGAAGCUACUGGAAGCAGCAACUCACCUUUAGCUUGAUUUCUGGAAGCCCCUCACCAUUUCAGGGGAAGGGGUACAUGUUAGAACUCCCUUUUCCAGAGUGCAGGCAAUCAAAAUUUUCUUGGAGUCCCAUGGAAUUCCUUAUUCUAUCAUGAUUGAAAAUGUGCAGGUUCAUCUGGACCAAGAAAAGAAAGAGUUGCUUUUUCAUCAAAUAAGAUGAAGUAGAGGCAGCUUCAAUUUUGGACCUUACCAUACUGUGGAAAAGAUUUUCCAAGAAAUGGAUGACCUUGUGGAUCAGUAUCCUAGUCUACCAUACAAACUGAAAAUAGGAUAUUCUUUUGAAAAAUGGCCCAUGGAGGUGCUCAAGAUAGGACGAUCUCAUACUUUAUUUUUUGCUUUACAGUUUGGCACCAGAGGGAACAAGUCUGCCAUCUGGAUGAGUCCUGGGAUCCACGCCAUAGAGUGGAUUAUCCAAACUACAGCACUGAGGACAGCCAAUCAGGUCAUUUUCAAAUGUUUCUGGGACAUUCUCCCUUCUGGCCAUCUCUAUAGAAGUGAGGCGUUCCUCCUUGCCUUGGAUGAGAAUCGGGAGUGGGGGACAGUGCUUCAUCCUGACUUCGAAGGGAGGUUUGGUUGGGAUUCCUACGAUUGCAUGUGGACAAAGACCCGAUCCAUGCUUUCUGGAAGCCUCUGCAUUGGUGUUGACGCAAACAGGAAUUGGGAUGUGGGCUUUGAAGAAUGUGGUUUUAUGUCUUGCCUCUCUAAUGAAUCCAGCCCCUGCUCUGAAUUAUAUCAUGGACCAAGCACCCACUCAGAAGUUGAAGUGAGAUCCAUUGCUGACUUCAUUAAGAACCAUGGGCAAAUCAAAGCCUUCAUCAGCCUUCACAGCUACUCCCAGCUGCUGCUGUUCCCCUUUUGCCAUGCCCCUGUGGGGUCUAUACUCCAAAAAGGUCAUAAGCAUCAUAAGCCCCCAGCCCUGGCUGCUAUUGAUGGUCCUGUUGUGCUGCUGCUGGCAGCCACUGUGUCUUCAGAAUUCACAAGCUGGGAGUCCUUGGAGCUGCUCUCUGGGCUGCUGGGGAUGCGUUUUAUUGAUCUUUUGGUUGCUCUAUGGCUCCUGGUAGCUGAAUCACAGAUGUUUGUGGAAUCAAUGAAUACACAGGAGUAUAAGAUGAAAAGUGUUUGUGUAGACCUGGCCAGUGGAGGAAGCAUGGAUUGGGCCUAUGAACAAGGCAUCAAAUAUUCCUUUAUCUUUGAACUGAGAGACAGAGGUCGCUAUGGCUUCUUCUUGCCAGCCCAUCAGAUUAUUCCCACUGCAGAAGAGACUUGGAGGGGCCUGAAGAUGAUCAUGGAAAUGGACUAUGUUCAAAACCAUCCAUAUUAGCUCUCUGGGACUCUAAGACAGGGAAACAAACCCACAUGAUUAAAAUCUCAUCAUUUUAAA